GCUUCACUGGCUUACUAGCUAGUAAAGAAGAUCCCAAAGGAAGACACAACGACACAACAAGACGUGUCCCCUCCAACCCAUAGUAACCUCUUCGUUCAGCCGACAGAUCAUGCAAUGGUGACUUUUAACAACUUGGCUGCUGAGACAAGAUGGGCUUUGGUCCUUCUUCGUUGCAUCAUCUUCUUUUGUUUUUUGGAUAGCAGUAGAGCCCAGCCUAUCAACACCCACGCAAAAAGUGACUACAACGACUACAACAACCAGCAAGAACACAGACGAGCCAGCACGUACUCCGAGCUAUCAACCAUUCCUCCAGACCCUGUUGCCAAAAAUGUCAGCAAACAAAUCAAAGAUAGUCUGGCAGUCAAGUAUGGGAAAUGGCACUUUUGGGACGGCAAUGAGCAGUAUCGUCCGGAAAAUGAUGACUUGUGCGACCAGUACGAACCGGUCUGCGAUGUGCCGGAAGAAGAUUUUCCUGACGACAGUUGGCAAGGCGAUGCUGUCUUUGUCAACCACUUUCUCAAUGAUGCCGAAUUGUUGGUCAAUCGAGCCAUGGAGGCCAUCUUUGAAGAGUAUGGUCAUCCCAAACCAAAAGGUGCCGAGGGAUUGGCAGAACGAAUGAGAAUGUUUCACUGGGACAAGAUUGAUCUGAAAACGGCAAAAGGACCACCCAAAGCCUUUCAGGGGAGUAUGAGCCGAGGAAAUGGAGGAUGGACCACUCGACGUAGCUUUGAUGGAUUGGUUCGGCGCAUCUUACAUGCCAUCAUGACAAGUGGUACCUUCACGGUAGUGGUAGCAGGAAACUCUGCUGCAGCGGGUCAUGGCAACCACUUCCGUCAGAGUUACCCCAUGCAAUUCCAUAGAAUAAUGGCACCAAUUUUUGCUCGAUUAGGAGUCAGACUCAUUACACGCAACAUCUCACAAGGUGCAUUGGGGACUCUUCAGAAUACAUUAGGCUCGGGUGAUAUUUACGGCCGAAAAAUUGACGUUCUUAUUUGGGAUGCAGCAAUGACAGAAAAGUUUGACCAACAUCUCAUUGAUCUCUUUUUCCGACAAGCUUUAAUAGCAGGAGAUCAUGUACCAGUUCUAUGGAGUGCUGGAGGAACCUACGACCUUUUGAAGGUAUUGCACGAACAUGCCGAUGCUGAUGUGGGAGAAUUUGGGCUGGGAUUGGAUGGAAUUGAAUUGACCACCAGUGAUGAGCAGGCAAAAACCUUGCCAUGGGCUGUGCAAUACCUGAAAUGUGACCCAGCCAAUCAAGAGGUCUGCAACAGACAUAAUGAUUACUGCACCAAGUGUUGGAUCGACAGGGAUGACGGCAUUAAGCCUGAAAAAAGUCAAAACGACAAAAUUGGAGGUCAAGUAAAGUGGCACCCAGGAUGGAGGCAACAUCAGUUGACUGGGCGUGUUUUAGCCUUCUCUGUUCUGGAAGCUCUGCAAAUGGCCAUUCAGCAAUUCUCGGAUGGAACCAUGGGUGGGCCACCACUGGAAGAUGAGUAUUGGCAUGUCCAGGAUUAUUUUGAGAAUAUUCAAACCAAAGUGAAGAACAUGGAUCCAAAGCUUGGCGAUUGUUACUCCAUCAAAGAUGUAGGACUACCAGAAAGACUGUGCAACACGACCAUGAAUGGUCGAACACAUUACACUCCCCGAGCGAACUUUGACAAGACCGGUAUCAAUACAAUUGUGGAACCUGCGGACAAUGGGUAUGUCCCGAAGAAUGCAAAGACAAAACUCUAUGGGGGUCUAGAUGCACACAACUCCUGCUAUGAUGUACCCUCUGGCCAGGUUGAUGUGCUGUCCAUUGUCAGUGGGAGGCGAAGAAUGGCGGAAGAGGUGCUUUUUAAUUAUUCUGCAACAGCUGCAAAGCGAGGUCCACCGGCUCAGACUACAGACAUGACAACCAACACAAAAAUUCAGCAGCCUUCCCUCAGGGUUCGGCAGCAUCGUGAACUUGAUGAAAUCAAACCCGGCAUAGGGUGGGAGAUUGUGGAAGAACCACAAGGGUACUGUGAUGGGAGUUAUGCAGCCGUGUGUGCCAGAUGGACGCAUCAUGAGUGUGUGCUCAGUGGCCACCACGACGCCCGUGGCAUGCUGCUUGGCAAUGGCUUUUCUGGAUGGCUGGUGAUGAACGUGAAAAUUAAGGAAGGACUUAUCAUUCUCAAGUUUCACUCCUGGGCCAGAAAAGAAUGGGUCACAAUCGCAAAGGACUGGACCUCUGAGAAUAAUGCCCGUAGAUUCUUGAAGGCCACUGAUAGUACAGACCCAAUUGAAGGUCUACCCAACAGCUUUCAACUUGAAUAUGCAAUCGAUGGUGAAGUGACACACAUCAACAAGCACGAGCUGAAGAAAAAAUACCGACUGAGACCUCAAAGAGUAGUUGAACUUCUUGUGUUGAUGGACGAUCCAGACUUUGCAGGUGGUGAAGAAUAUGAUGUUGAAGUUGCAGUCCGGUUAACGGGAUGUGGCACUGAUUGCGUACUUGGAGUGUCUCACAUCUUUUGGGCUUAGCAACUUAACAAUUAGCAGUGGGCAAGCCAAAACUAUACAUUCUACCGCCAGAACACAAAAGAGUACGGAUAUCAUGAUGCUAUGUACUUGUAGUAAUACACUGUCGAAAAUCCGCUCUACCUUUAUUCUAUUUUGUUUUACAACCAGAUAUAUCAACAAUUUGCUCCUGUUGUGGGAUUGCAUGGGGGCACAGGGGGAUUUGUAACAGGGGGUGGUUGAAUGGGUGGACAAUUUGCGGCAGUGGUUGGGUUGCACGGGGGUGGUACAUGCAUACAAGAAGUGAAUGCAAAACCAGCAGCAUUAGCCAGGCACAAAUUAUCGUACUGACACUUUUGGUUGCAAAUGACAAUCUCUUUAUUGAGGGCUGUGUGUGACAAACAGAAGUGGCAUUAGUUGGAAAAGCUUGUUGCUUUGUAACGUUUCACGGUCGUUGCAGUUUAUCACUUACGGCAGCUGAUUCCGGGUCCAGGAAGAGGACAAAAAUCAUCCACGGGUAGGCAGUUGACAAAGCCAGCAGCAUUGGCCAAACACGCAUUAUCGUACUCGCAUCUAUAGCCUUCUCCACAGGCCACAGUAUUGAUGUUGCUGGGGCACGUGUUCCCAGUUCCCGGAAGCGGACAAUAGUGUUGGAGUGUGAGUCCUCGAAGUCCGUAUCCAUUGACUUGAGAAGUAAGAAAUACAAUAGCGAAUGCAGUCUUCAUCAUUGUUUCUUGGUAGUGGUGGUUCUUUGAUCUUGUUUGUCCU